UUAAUGCUCUCUCUGCAACCCGCGAGCAACGGGGAUCCGAUUCCCUGUUUGUUUCAUCUUGCCUCUGCCCGCAAUAACAAAUGGCCAAAAAAGCAGAGUUUUGCCUCCAUGGGUAAUCGUAUUUUCAUUCUUAUUCUUAUUAUUAAUUUCUCAUGACUGCCCAACCUCCUCACAGACCAGUUUUGGGAAACCCAGACGACACUGAGCGAUGAAGCUCACGGACGAAGAAACGGCGGCGGUCAGCGGCAGUAGUAACGCCGGCGGCAGUAGGGGAAAGGAAGUGGUGUUGGUUGGAGUGAGGUUGGACUCACAGAGCAAGGAGCUGCUCACAUGGGCUCUGAUGAAAGCGACCAAACCAGGGGACCGCGUCAUUGCUCUUCAUGUCCUAAAUUCCACCGCCUCCGCAGAAAUUGAAGGAGGAACGGGAUCGCUUCUGGCUUUGGUGAAGACAUUUGAUUGUUUGUUGGCGGUUUACGAAGGUUUCUGCAACUUAAAGCAGGUGGAUUUGAAGCUUAAAGUGUGCAGGGGUGACUCCGUAAAGAGAGUUCUGGUGAGGGAGGCGAAAGUUAAUGGUGCAUCAAAAAUCAUUGUUGGGACUUCUAAGAGAAAUCACACAAUCCGUCCUACGAUCACCAUAGCCAAGUACUGCUCCAAGAAAUUGUCGAGUACUUGCUCCGUGUUUGCUAUUAGCAAUGGCAAAGUUAUGUAUGAGAGAGCAGCAAAUGGGGAUCAUUCACAAGAUGGAUCGAUCCAGGAAAAGCUUAGUUCUUCUCAGAAAAUGCUGGCUGUGAAUUCUCUGCAUUGCGGGUCAAGCUUGUUGGUGAAGGAUGAAACGGAAGCUGGAGUAUCUUGUCUUGCUCAUAAAGCCCGUAGUUCCAGAGCUUUGGUGCCGUAUCGGGGGAGUGAGAGUAAGUCAACUUCACAUUCUAAUGUGAGGAGUGAAUUGCUGCCAGAUCAUCACAAACUGGGUUGGAAGCUUGUUCGCCAGACUUUUUCAGGAAAGCAAGAAAACACAAAGAGAUUUCAUGCUUCAAAGGCUGUAAGACGGUUCCUGAAACUACCAACCCAGAAUUCAUCAUCAGUUGUGUAUCCUGAUCAAAGGCAGAGUGGUUCUCGUUCACAUAAAGAUAAGUCGGCAAUUCUUCAAGGACAGAGCGGUACUAUUGUACCAAUAGGGUCUAAGGUGGGAUUGGCACCGUUAUCACCUGUUUCACCCUCCUUCUCAGAUAGCCUUCCCGAGGAGUUGAAGGGUUUAUAUGAAAAAUAUUCAUCAAUGUGUCGAUGGUUCAGUUAUGAAGAACUCGUGGUAGCCACCUCUAACUUUGCUCCAGAGAACAUGGUUGGAACUGGUGGUAGUAGUCAUGUCUAUAAAGGCCUUCUUCUUAGUGGCAAGGAAUUGGCAGUGAAAAUCUUGAAGCCAUCUGAAGAUGUGGUAAAAGAGUUCAUUGUGGAAAUUGAGAUGAUCACGACUUUACAUCACAAGAACAUAAUAUCACUCUUCGGCUUCUAUUUUGAUCACUGUAAAUUACUUUUGGUAUAUGAGUUUUUAUCAAGAGGAAGCCUGGAAGAGAACCUUCACGGCAUUAAGAAGGACGUGAGAACAUUUGGUUGGCAAGAGAGACACAAGGUGGCUGUAGGUGUAGCUGAAGCCCUUGACUAUUUACACAACCACUGUGAUCAUCCUGUGAUUCACAGGGAUGUGAAAUCUUCAAAUGUUCUUCUCUCAGAUGAUUUUGAGCCACAGCUGUCUGAUUUUGGACUAGCUUGUUGGAUGAGUUCUUUGACAGAAGGGCCUAACAGCGACAUUGUAGGAACAUUUGGUUACUUGGCUCCGGAGUAUUUCAUGCAUGGCAGAAUGAGUGACAAAUUAGACGUCUUCGCAUUUGGUGUUGUGCUUCUUGAGCUUCUCUCUGGCAGAAUGGCAAUCACGAGUCAAGAUAGUCAGUGCCAAGAGAGCCUUAUUAUGUGGGCAAGACCGAUUUUACACGGCGGUAAACAGUCUCAUUUCCUGGAUUCGCAUAUAGAAACUGAGAAUGCAGAGGAUGAGAUUGACAGAAUGGUCUUGGCUGCGACUCUUUGCAUCAGAAGUUGUCCCAAAUCUCGGCCACAAAUCAGCCUUAUUCUGAAGCUGCUCCAAGGUGAUAGUGAAGUAACAAACUGGGCAAAUCAAGAAAUCGCUCAAUCAGAGCAUCGUAAUGCUACUAAAGGGGGAACAGAUCCAAGCGGCAUUCAAUCCCAUCUUAAUGUUGCAUUGCUAGAUCUGCAGGAUGAUUCCAUUUCCAUCACCAGUAGUGAACAUGGUGUCACAGUAGAAGACUAUUUACAAGGGAGGUGGAGCCGCACAUCGAGUUUUGACUAGCCACUGAUUGCAUAUCUGCUUACUCUUUUUUAUUGCCCCCCUUUCUCCUGGUCUGUACAGUCAAUAUACCCUGUUGGCUUCUCACUAAGUAGGUCGUGGGUAAGGGCGUUCCCUUCCCUGACCAAGAAAGAAGCCAUGUCAUGAGGAUGAAAGAAUGCUAAAGGGGACGUUCUGUUUGUAGGUUAACCAUUAUCAGUGUCCUUUUGUAAGAAUAACUCUGCACAUGAAUGUCAAGAACAGUUGCCUUUUACUUACUGCUUGCUCUUAAUCUAUUAUCCAUCAGCUUAACCCCUUUACUUGGAAAC